UUUAACCGGAUCCCAUUGUACCCGGAGCGCAGAGCCGCCUUUCCAGCAUGCAGGGGCUGCUCAGAGUUUAGUCACUUCAAGAAAUAGAACAGAAUUCAGCCAUGGCCCCAAGGAAGAGAGGUGGACGGGGGAUCUCGUUCAUCUUCUGCUGUUUCCGAAAUAAUGAUCACCCAGAAAUCACCUAUCGGCUGCGAAACGAUAGCAACUUUGCGCUUCAGACCAUGGAGCCAGCAUUACCCAUGCCCCCUGUGGAGGAGCUGGAUGUCAUGUUCAGUGAACUUGUGGAUGAACUUGACCUGACAGACAAACACAGGGAAGCCAUGUUUGCACUUCCAGCUGAGAAAAAAUGGCAAAUAUACUGUAGCAAGAAAAAGGAUCAGGAAGAAAACAAGGGAGCAACAAGUUGGCCUGAAUUCUACAUCGAUCAGCUCAAUUCCAUGGCUGCUAGAAAAUCUCUCCUGGCUUUAGAGAAGGAAGAGGAAGAAGAGAGAAGUAAAACUAUAGAGAGUUUGAAGACAGCACUAAGGACAAAACCAAUGAGGUUUGUAACCAGAUUCAUCGACUUGGAUGGCCUGUCAUGUAUUCUCAACUUUCUAAAGACCAUGGACUACGAGACCUCAGAGUCUCGAAUACAUACCUCUCUCAUUGGAUGUAUAAAGGCGCUAAUGAACAACUCUCAAGGUCGGGCUCAUGUCCUGGCUCACUCUGAGAGUAUUAAUGUGAUUGCUCAGAGUCUGAGCACAGAGAACAUUAAAACGAAGGUGGCCGUGCUGGAAAUCUUGGGCGCCGUGUGCCUGGUUCCUGGGGGCCACAAGAAGGUUCUGCAGGCCAUGCUGCAUUACCAGAAGUAUGCCAGUGAAAGAACCCGCUUUCAGACGUUGAUUAAUGACUUGGAUAAAAGCACAGGGCGAUAUCGAGAUGAAGUGAGUCUCAAGACUGCCAUCAUGUCCUUCAUCAAUGCAGUGCUAAGCCAAGGUGCAGGAGUGGAAAGUUUGGACUUCAGACUUCAUCUUCGCUAUGAAUUUCUGAUGUUAGGAAUUCAGCCUGUAAUAGAUAAAUUAAGGGAGCAUGAAAAUUCAACACUAGAUAGACAUUUAGAUUUUUUUGAAAUGCUCCGAAAUGAAGAUGAACUAGAAUUUGCCAAAAGAUUUGAACUGGUUCACAUAGACACAAAAAGUGCGACUCAGAUGUUUGAGCUGACCAGGAAGAGGCUGACCCAUAGUGAAGCUUACCCUCACUUCAUGUCCAUCCUGCACCACUGCCUCCAAAUGCCUUACAAGAGAAGUGGCAACACCGUUCAGUACUGGCUACUACUAGAUAGAAUUAUACAGCAGAUAGUUAUUCAAAAUGACAAAGGACAGGACCCCGACACCACACCUUUGGAAAACUUUAAUAUUAAGAAUGUCGUACGAAUGUUGGUUAAUGAAAAUGAAGUUAAGCAGUGGAAAGAACAAGCGGAAAAGAUGAGAAAAGAGCACAAUGAGUUACAGCAGAAACUGGAAAAGAAGGAGCGCGAAUGUGAUGCCAAGACCCAAGAGAAGGAGGAGAUGAUGCAGACCUUAAAUAAAAUGAAAGAGAAACUUGAAAAGGAGACUAGCGAGCAUAAGCAAGUCAAGCAGCAGGUGGUGGAUCUCACAGCACAGCUCCACGAGCUCAGCAGGAGAGCUGUCUGUGCCUCAAUCCCAGGUGGACCCUCACCUGGAGCCCCAGGGGGGCCCUUUCCUUCCUCUGUACCGGGGUCCCUCCUUCCGCCCCCACCACCUCCACCCCUGCCAGGUGGGAUGCUUCCUCCUCCACCCCCUCCCCUUCCUCCAGGCGGCCCUCCCCCUCCUCCAGGGCCACCUCCCUUAGGGGGGAUCAUGCCACCUCCUGGUGCUCCACUGGGUCUGGCACUCAAGAAGAAAAACAUUCCUCAGCCCACAAAUGCCCUGAAAUCCUUCAACUGGUCUAAGCUGCCCGAGAAUAAACUGGAAGGAACAGUAUGGACCGAAAUUGAUGAUACAAAAGUCUUCAAAAUUCUAGAUCUUGAAGACCUGGAAAGAACUUUCUCUGCCUACCAAAGACAGCAGAAAGAAGCAGAUGCCAUUGAUGACACACUGAGUUCCAAACUUAAAGUCAAAGAGCUUUCAGUGAUUGAUGGUCGGAGAGCUCAGAAUUGCAACAUCCUUCUGUCGAGGUUGAAACUGUCCAAUGAUGAAAUCAAACGGGCAAUUCUAACAAUGGACGAGCAGGAAGAUCUGCCCAAGGACAUGUUGGAACAGCUCUUGAAAUUUGUUCCCGAAAAAAGUGACAUUGACCUGUUAGAGGAACAUAAACAUGAACUGGAUCGGAUGGCCAAGGCUGAUAGAUUCCUUUUUGAAAUGAGCCGAAUUAAUCAUUAUCAGCAAAGACUACAAUCACUGUACUUCAAAAAGAAGUUUGCAGAACGUGUGGCAGAAGUGAAACCUAAAGUAGAAGCAAUUCGUUCUGGCUCAGAAGAGGUGUUUAGGAGCAGCGCCCUGAAGCAGUUGCUAGAAGUGGUUUUGGCAUUUGGAAAUUACAUGAAUAAAGGCCAAAGAGGCAAUGCAUAUGGAUUCAAGAUAUCCAGCCUAAACAAGAUUGCUGACACAAAAUCUAGUAUUGACAAGAACAUCACACUUCUGCACUAUCUCAUAACUAUUGUGGAAAAUAAAUACCCCAAAGUCCUCAAUCUAAAUGAAGAACUGCGGGACAUUCCUCAAGCAGCAAAAGUAAACAUGACUGAGCUGGACAAAGAAAUAAGCACCCUGAGAAGUGGCCUGAAAGCAGUAGAGAUGGAGCUGGAGUAUCAAAAGUCUCAGCCCCCACAACCCGGAGACAAGUUUGUGUCUGUUGUCAGCCAGUUCAUCACAGUGGCCAGCUUCAGCUUCUCUGAUGUGGAGGACCUUCUAGCAGAAGCUAAAGACCUGUUUACUAAAGCAGUGAAACACUUUGGGGAAGAGGCUAGCAAAAUCCAGCCGGAUGAGUUCUUCGGCAUUUUUGAUCAGUUUCUUCAAGCUGUGGCAGAAGCCAAACAAGAGAACGAAAACAUGAGAAAGAAGAAGGAGGAGGAGGAACGCCGUGCUCGCAUGGAAGCCCAGCUCAAAGAACAACGUGAAAGGGAACGUAAAAUGAGGAAAGCAAAAGAGAAUAGUGAAGAGGGCGGAGAGUUCGAUGACCUGGUUUCAGCUCUACGCUCAGGAGAAGUAUUUGACAAAGACCUUUCUAAACUGAAACGGAAUCGCAAGCGUAUUACCAACCAGAUGACGGACAGCAGCCGAGAGAGACCAGACAAGCUGCAUCUUCUGUCUAUAUGGGUCUGGACUAAAGGACACUUAGUGAAUGCACAGAAUGUCAACAACACCAACGGAGAUGCCAAGAUCUAUUUAUCUCUAAGUAUGUUUGAAGUGGUUUGUUGUUUAUAUAUUGUCAUUUUAAAUUGUGUGUCAAUAAAGCUACCUGUAAAAUUUCAGUCCAAAAGAUAAAGCUCUCAGGGAGAAAUGAAUAAAAACAAUGAACAUUAGAAAAUAAAAUAUAGAUGCUUACCAUUAACCUACCAACUCUUAAUAUCCUUAAAUUAUAUAUAAAGAGGACUGUUACUUUUUUUUUUUUGGCUUUGCUUUAUUUAUUUGUAGUGGGGGAGGGGGGCUAAGAUUUUCUCUUUUCUUUCUAUCAAUCCUGUUGUGGUUGGGUUUCCUGUGGAGAGAGUAGUUUGUCCUGUUGCACUAGAACAUUAUUUACUCACUAAAUUGAGUUUUUCAGUCAACUAACAAAUAUUUAUUAAACACCUACUAUGUGCCAGGCUUAGUAGGGCUACAGUAAUAAGCAAGACAAAGUCCCUGCCCCAAAGGAGCUUAUGUUCUAAUGGGGAUAAAGGGGUGAAUAGAAUACCAAUAUGCGCUGUACAGGAAUCAUGCUAUUUAAAAAUGAUCUGUAUAAACUAUAAUGCUUAGUGCAGAUGGCAAGGUCUCUGCACUAUGUGAAAGCUGUGAAAUAGUGCUCUAAGAGUUGUCAAGAGCAGUGGUUUUACGUUUUUUCCCCCUCAUUGCAAACUUAGAGACUUUCUACCCAUUUUAUGGAAGUAAAUAACUCUAGCUAAUAAGGCAGUCAUAAACUCACAGCAGAGGUUGUGCUCCCCAGCCCCUAGUAACCAGGGUCUGCAAAUCCACCGGGUUAAAGGUGCAGACAGAGACUUUGCUCCAAAAGCCUUGAAGAUUAGGAAUGGGAGAUGCUGGUGGAUGUGUCUAUUCCUUAACAAAAGUGCCUCUAUCUUCUUUUCUAUUUAUAGCAAGAGAAAUUUGGUCUGGCUCAAUUUUGGAACUGUAUUUUGAAAAUGGCUUUGUUUUACAGUUUAAGGAAUGGACAAGUGGAUGGAGUGUCACAUAAAGGAGCAAGCCCAUGUAGUGUGUCCCUCUUGCCCUUUGUAAUCAUCCUCAUUUUGAUACGGCCAUCCUGGUAGGCCUUACCAUUUCCAUUUUUGGUUUCUUUCCCCAAAAGCUUUGUGCAGGUAAUUCCAUGUGCCAUUGUUGAAAAAAAAUCUACUUUUUAGAUUGGUGCUGGUGUAAGUAGCCACUUUUCUCUCUUGGGUGUGUAUUUUAAAGUUUUUUGUUUGUUUUUUUAAAUUAAUGCCAAAAAGAAAGCAUUAUAAUUUGUAAACUUAAUUAUAUGUCUUGUAUCUUAUUAGCUUAGUAGUUGGAACCUCUUAGUCUUUAGGUGCAAGACUGUUGUUAUAGUACCAAGAAAAAAAAUGUUGUAUGUGCUAUGAGAUUGUACUUUUUUUUAAAAAAGCAAUAUGCAAUAAAGAGACGAAUUCAUUGGGUGUA